ACAUGUAAACAUAGUCACUGAAUGCUAUUAAUAUUUAAAUAGUAGGUGGGUUUAAUGUAGUAUAAACAAACCUCACAUUGGAUGUCCCUUUUUUCUGUACAUAUAAACUGAGUCAAGUCAGUGAAGGAAGACAGUAAGUCAACCCGACAGAUUGAACAUUGUACCACAGCUUGAAAAGUGGUCUGUUGAUGAAAAACAGGGGCAUGCUACAUAUGAGGAUUUAUUCAACUUUGAAAAUGUUUGACUCAAGAAUUAUGGAGCACAACAGGCAAAGAAUACAGUAUUGCUUUCCGGACAACAAUUCAUCAUGUUUCAAAGAUAUCAAACCUGAAGUGGAGUAUGUUAUUUUGUAUAUUUUCAUUUUUUUAGCAUCAAUGUUCACUGUGUUUCUGAACAUGCUGGUGAUCAUCUCCAUCUCUCACUUCAAGCAGCUUCACACUCCAACCAACCUGUUCAUCCUCUCUCUGGCUGUGGCCGACCUGAUUGUGGGACUGAUUGUUAUACCAUUAAUGGGCAUCAGAUUCAUAGAAUCAUGCUGGUACUUUGGAGAGACAUUUUGUUCUCUAUUUUUAUUUAUAGUUUUUGUGGUUGUUUCAGCAUCUCUUGGUAAUUUAGUCUUUAUAUCUAUAGAUCGUUACAUUGCUGUGAGUGACCCUUUGAGAUACACAGUGAGGGUCACAACUGAUAAAGUUGUUUUUUGCAUUAUUUUGAACUGGCUGUGUUCAAGCAUAUAUUCUGUCUUUAUCUUAUAUAAUACAAUGUUUUACCCAGAGACACACGGAAGGUGUUACGGCGAAUGUACAGUUUCUUUUAAAUUUGAACAUUUUGUCACAGACCUCAUAGUCACUUUUGUUGCCCCUUCUUCUGUAAUCAUGUCUAUAUAUGUGAAAAUCUUCUGUGUUGCUACACAUCAGGCCAAGGUUGUAAAUUCUGUCACAGGUGUCAGCAGGUCACAAAGAAAGGCAGCAAAAACUUUGGGUAUUGUUGUAAUGGUUUACUUUAUGUGUUGGAUACCAUACUAUAUUGUCAUCCUUAUUGAAGGAAAUGAGUCAACAGAAUCAAUUGAAUUUAAUGUAACAUGCUGGAUUGUGUACAUGAAUUCCUGUAUGAAUCCACUUAUCUAUGCACUGUUUUAUAAAUGGUUUAGAAUAUCAGCUAAAUACAUUGUGACUUUAAAUAUAUUCAAACCAUCAUCAGAAUAUUUCAGUAUUUUCCAGGAGGAUAAAUGA